GCGAUACUGCGUUUACAAACGAUUGAACAUUGCAACACCUCUGGUACUCUGCUAUUUUGUGUCCUUCCUGACCUUUUCCACAACGAGAAUGGUGCAGCUGCACGUGAAACGUGGUGACGAGAGCCAGUUCCUGUUCAGCACGUCAGUCGACGUCCCGUUAGAAACCCUGACCCAGCAGGUCACAGCCAUCUAUAACACCAGGCUCAAAGUAGACAGGAUAUGCUCAGAGUUCCCAGAGCUGAUGGACCACGGGGUGACGCUGCCCCCCAACAUGCAGGGUCUGACGGAUGAACAGAUUGUUGACCUGAAGCUAAAGGACGAGUGGGAGGAGAGGUGUGUCCCCAGCGGAGGACCUGAAUUCAACAAGGAUGAGAUCGGAAGGAGGAACGGACACGCUCCUAACCAGAAGAUGAAGGAGGUGUUGAGGAAUACCAUGGAGGAGGCCAAGGCAGUGAUCUCUAAGAAACAGGCGGUGGCUGGUGUGUGUGUUACCAUGGAGACGGUGAAGGAGGCGCUGGACCGGCUGAGGGGCGCGGUCAUGAUCGUCUACCCAAUGGGCUUGCCGCCACACGACCCAAUCAGGAUGGAGCUGGACGACCAGGAGGACCUAUCGGGAACACAGGCAUCUCUCCAGGUGAUUCCAGUGGAGGAGGCUCAGCUGUGGUGGGCUGCUAAGGAGUUGCAUAGAGGGAAGAAACUACAGGAUUACAUCGGCAAGAACGACAAAACCAAGAUCGUAGUCAAAAUACAGAAGAGGGGCCAGGGGGCGCCAGCCAGAGAACCUGUGGUCACAGAGGAACAACAGAAACAGAUGAUGAUGCACCACUACAAGAGACAGCAGGAACUCAAGAUGCUGGACGAGGUGGAAGACGACAGUCACCUCCACUCAGACUGGUCAGACAGACAGGCCUUGAAGAGACAGUUCCAGGGCCUCAGCAACAUCAAGUGGGGUCCCAGAUAGACACACAUGCCUUUUUUUUAUUUAUUUUUAAAUACAAAUUGUAAGCUUAAGUUUACCAAAAAAAAAUUAAAUUGGUUCUGCAAUGUUG